AUGGAUUUCUUAGUUCUUGCAGAUGCUUAUGAUAUUCAGAAUGCUGGUCUAGGUAUUCGUCGAAUGCUUCACUUGGUGUGGAUGAAAGGUUCAUCAGAUGAAGGUAAGUCGAUUUCAUCUCAUUUAGUAGACUGUUAUAAGGACUUAUUCUUAGUUGCUCCUUCUGAAUAUUCAGUUCCUCAGCAAGCUGCGCAUAUUGCAAAGAAUUUAAUUGAAUUGACUUUUGCGGCAUCGGUGGCUGAUUUAGCUUCCUUGGAAAAGUUACUUUGUUUCAUGUACGAAGAAAAAUUAAUAAGUCAAGAAGUUAUCAACGUCCUUUGGCAAAUAUACAGCUUCGCAGAUCAAAACUCUUCUGAGAGCGACAAUCUUAAAUUUUCAAAAAGGCAAUGCCGUGGAGCCAUCAUAAUUUUGGGGAUGCUAGCAUUGGCAGAUCAUGAAAUUGUCCUCAGAGGUUUAGAUGCCUUACUAAAUAUUGGUUUAGGAGAUAAAGGAAGAAAUGACUUGGUUUUAUCGAGGUAUUCAUGUAUUGCAUUGCAAAGAAUAGUGCCACAUGUAUCUAAGAACAAAGAAAUAGUUUCAUUCAAAAUUGCAAGAGAAGAUGAAGCCAUCGAAAAGUUGAAAGAAGUACUUCUAUCAUACAGUGAUAAUCCAGAAUGGUAUAGUGUGGCUGAACAAGCAAUUGGCGCUGUCUAUCAAGCAUCAAGCAAGCCAGAUGAAGUUUGCUCCAGCAUAAUUAAGGAGAAAUGCAUUCUGGUCUUUGGUGAUAAAAUUGAAAAUGAAUCAAAGGUUACUGCGUUAUCUCAACUUCUCUUUAUAGUGGGACAUGUUGCAAUAAAGACUAUUGUACAUUUAGAAAAGCUAGAGACUCAAUUUAAAAAGAAGAAGCAUGAGGCUGAAAGCUCGAAGAAUAAGGAAUCUGAAAAUAAUGAUAAUGAGAAUAAUGACAAUGAAUUGGAAAUGAUUGGUGGUACUUCAGAAGAUGACUUCACUGAUGCUGUGAUUUACAUUAAAGAAAGAGAACUUUUAUAUGGCGAAGGUGCCUUACUUUCAAAAUUCGGGCCUUUAGUUCGAGAAAUUUGCCUGAAUAAUAAAAGGUAUGAUAAUGAAUCAUUACAAAGAUCAGCGGUAUUGUGCAUGGCCAAACUCAUGUGCAUUUCUUCCAAGUAUUGUGAGGAUAACUUACCGUUAUUAAUUACUAUAAUGGAAAAAUCUCCGGACCCAAUCAUCAGAUGUAACUGUGUCUUGGGUUUGGGCGAUAUGGCGGUGUGUUUUAACAAUUUAGUUGAUGAAAAUACCGAUUUCUUGUAUCGUCGUCUUACUGAUAGCAAUAUUAUGGUACAACGAACAUGUCUUAUGACUGUCACUUUCUUAAUCUUAGCGGGACAAGUUAAAGUUAAGGGACAAUUAUCCUCUAUGGCCAAAUGUCUAGAAAAUCCUGAUCAAGGUAUCAGUGACAUGUGCCGUCUUUUCUUUACCGAGUUGGCAACUAAAGAUAAUGCCAUCUACAACGGUUUUAUCGAUAUUUUCAGCGGUUUAUCGAACGACGAUAGCCUUUCUAAGGAUGCUAUGAAACGUAUUGUUAAGUUUUUAGUUGGCUUCAUAGAAAAAGAGAAACACCAAAAGCAAUUGGCAGAUAAAUUAUUAGUUAGAUUAUUAAAAUGCCAAAAUGAAGCUCAAUGGAAUGAUAUUGCAUUUGUGUUGAACUCCAUUCCUUAUAAAAAUGAAAGUAUUAGUCAAGCUCUUGAAGGUGGCUACACUUUGGUCCUGGCGAGACAGUAA